AUGGCUCCUGUGGGUGCAUCUAUUCCACCACACUUGCGCAGGCGUGCUGCUGCGCCAGUCGAGCCAAAAAGUGAUGUGAGGUUGGGGGACUUGGGAAAAGUUACUGGCAUCAGCACUCCCCCAGCAUCGGACAAGUCUCCAUUGGGCAAGCCCUCUCAGAGUCAAGUCUCUCCCGGCAAAGUCGUCUCCAAAGCCCAUACGCCACCCUCACCAGCGACGACAGUCGAGGGGCCAUCGGUGACCACGCUGACUUGGAACGACCCUAAACCGGUCGAGUCCCUUUCCAAACCCAAACGCAACGAGAACCUGCGCUGGCCAAGAACUUCCAAGCCAACAAAUGGGAGACACGUCUGGCCGAAAGCGCGGGAGAUCCCCAGAGAGCUAUCUGCCGGUAGUCAGAGCGGUGGCGGAAUCACGUUCAGAUCUGACAGCGGCGGAGAUCCCUCAUACGACGUGAAGAAGCUCCUCGGUUGGAACGGAGAUUGGUUGCCACCGCCAGAAGACUGGGCUGCUCGUAAGGGCUUUACGAGCCGUCACUUCAGCCAGGUUGUUGAUCAGUGGGCAAAUGAGCACAGCCGAGACUGCACUAAUGUCGUCGACAUUGACACGCCAGACUUCUUCGGAUCACAGGAGCAGGACGGCAAGUGGGUGAACAAGGACAUCGUACCGCGUUACUGGCUCCAUGAAAAGAUUGAUGGCAGCCCUCCACGCAAGUUCUGGGAAGAGCUUCCACACCGUGCGCCUGCUGCUAUGAGCGACAUUGACAUCAUGGAGGACCCGCCGUACUGGGAGCGAUGGAGUGAUUGUCAGCCAAACAACUGUUUCAUGACCACACUAAUCGUUCCGGAAGCGAGGAUCGACCAGGACGACAGGGACAAUGAGCUGGAGAGUCCUUUCGCUAUGCUCUGCAUGGAAGACCGAAUUGCAAAAAUCCUCGAGAUCAGGCAAAACAGGGCGAGGCGACAGAUAGCCAAGCGGAACAGGCCGAUUCCCAAGUCCACGUGUGAAGGACCGGUGCUAGCAGACCGUCAACUGCACCCCAAAGCGAACAUGUACCUCCGCCCUGUCCAGCCUGCUGAUAUUCCAGGCAUUAUGGAAAUCUAUAAUCACUAUGUCAAAGAGACAGUUCAUGCUGCCGAGCUUGAAGAGCAGACCGAAGCACAAAUUCGCUUCUGGAUCGACGGGAUCAUUCAGGCAGGCUUGCCGUGCCUUGUGGCAGUGAGCAAGCGCACCCAACGCAAAGGUCCGCAGGGCUACGUCACGGGGAAGAUCGUCGGCCUCACUUAUCUCACAGAUCUUGCCGACUCGAAGGGAAUGUACCGUUUCACCUUUGAACUUGAGACUUACAUUCAUCCCGGCUUCAUCCACCAAGGCAUAGGCAGGUGUCUUCUCGACCAGAUGAUGUACAUAUGCAACACUAGCUAUAUCAAGAGAGAUGGCUACGAGUGGGUGAACGAAUUCGAGUACCUGAAGAACGGAACGAGUCGCAUUGUCAAGACUAUCUUGGCGAGCGUGCACUACGAAAAAGGUGAGGAUGCCGAGUGGGCCACAAGCUACUUGGGCGACUUUGGGUUUAAGAAGGCCGGCCGACUGUCACAGAUCGGACAUAAGGCCGGAAAAGUCGUCGACAAGGUCAUCUUCCAGCUGCAGACCAGCGAGGUGAUCAAUCCUCAGAGCAUCCCGAUAAUUCAGGCUUAG